AUCAAUAAUAUUACGGCCGUCGACGCGAGCGUCGUCGCGCGGCGUCGCGUCGCAUCGCGUCAGGGCGCGCACGACCGUGAAAAUCGAAUAAAUAGUCGUUCGUGGUGCCAACCGGAGCAGACGUGAACGGACGUCACGACACUACGAAGUAAGGCAAGACGAACUGAUACGAGACGUGACGAGGUGCGGUGUCGUACCGAAUCCCUAUCGAUAACACACGUUCGAUCGUCUCCUGCCAUUGUAGCUGGUAACCUAUGCACAGUGGACACGGGUGCGCGCGACUAUUGUCUAUGUACUAAGGAACGGUCGGCUUUCGGGCGCGCUCGGAAUAUUCCUCACCGAUGAGUGAGCGGUUGCGCGAUCGCGCUCUAACGGUGGGUGCCGUGUGGCCGCCGCUGCGGCGAGACAGGCCGCCCAGGCUUUGAAUUCAAAGAAGACACGACGCGAGGAAUGACGCUGGAGAAUCCGUUCUUUGUCGUCAAAGACGAGGUGUGUAAGGCGUUGAACAAGAAUCGCGGCUUGUAUGGGCGCUGGAAUGAAUUGCAAGAUGUCGCGAUCGCGUCGCCAAACGCACCGGUGAGCGGUGGAAUUUCUGCGGCAGCUGUUGCUGCACCGAUCUCACGAGACGAGCUCGAUUGGACCACUACUGAACUACGAAAAGCGUUGCGCUCCAUCGAAUGGGAUCUCGACGAUCUAGAAGACACUAUCUGUAUUGUUGAGAAAAACCCAACGAAAUUUAAGAUUGAUAACAAAGAGUUGACGGUUCAGCGGAGCUUCAUCGAGCAGGCGCGUGAGGAAGUUAAAGUCAUGAAAGAUAAGUUAAACUUGAGCAGAGGUCGGGACCGCGACAGUACGGCGAGACAGCCACUUUUGGAUAAUAGUCCAGCACGAAUGCCAACAAAUCAUGGUACAACUAAGUACAGCAAACUGGAGAAUGAGAUCGAUAGUCCGAAUAGACAGUUUCUCAGUGACACAAUGCAACAGCAAAGUGCCAUGAUAAGGCAACAGGAUGAACAGUUAGACAUGAUUGGUGAGACUGUUGGUACCUUGAAAACAGUAUCCAGGCAGAUUAACACCGAAUUGGAUGAACAAGCUGUAAUGUUAGAUGAGUUCGGGAACGAGCUAGAGGCGACAGAUUCGAAAUUGGAUGCGACGAUGAAAAAGAUGGCGAAGGUGCUUCACAUGAGUAAUGGUAACUAUAACAAUUAUAUUCCCGCUCCUACCACUGCAUCAUCCAGUGUUUCCGAUCUUACCGACAAACCCUCCUCUUUCUCCUCCUUAUCUACCACGAUAACUAACUGUUUUCUAUGUUCUAGCGAUUAAUUGUGCGUUCCUAUAAUUGUUUAAUUAAAAAAUCGCAGUAAAAGAUCAUAAAAUCCGCCUUCUUGUUUAUCUUAAACACGUAUUUUAUUUUAUAUAUGUUUUUUUUAUUCUUUUCGAAGUUUUCAUGGUAUUAGAAGCACAAAAUUAAGAAUGUUAAAUAAUAUUUUAGGUGUUUAAUUAGACACGAAUAAAUAAUAUUUUGCGCCUCGUAGAAAUCGCGUAGUAGAUUGAUAUAUUAACAUCUAAGACCUAAUUAUAUCAGUCCCUAUCGCUGCUUCGUAAGAUGAUGUAGAGAUUAUUACGUAUAAAUAAUUAACAAAUAUGUCGAAAUAUUCUUGUUUGUGGAGUGUAAAUUUUAUCGCGUUAUUUAGUAUUGCGAAAACAGAACGGAUCAGUUAGACUUCAAAAGAAGUACUCCUUUAUUGAAGUUAGACAGCAUAAUUUAAUUGACAAAAAGAGUUAAAGAUAUAGAACACAUACGCAAUAUAUGAUUGAAAUAUGUUCAUUGAUAAAUAAUAGUUCAAAUUUCUCCUUUAAUUUAAAUUUUAAUGUGUAAUAUAUUUUUUAGUCGCGUAUGUGACUGAAAUUAUUUGGAAACUAGUAGCGUUUUCGACUGACGCAAAAUUGGAUUGCUGCGAGAACGAAUUCGAACUUGCGAUAGAAUUAUGAAGUUUCGAUCGUUUCCAAAGCGAUUUAAUAGCGCUUUGAUCGAAAAUGUUAUUAGAAAUAAAUUAGAAUUUGAAUUCUCGCAGAAAUACAUAUAUUUUUAUUCUGUGGCAUGCUACGGUCGCAUAUACAUAUGUGAUAGAAGUAAGUCGCAGACAGGAUUUUGAAGUAGAAUUUUAAAUUUUUGCAAACAUACCAAGAGCUUAAAUUAAUAUUUAUAUUUAUCUUCGAAAUUGCACGUGUUAAUCUUCUAACUUCAAAAUCAUUGAUAACAAAUAAAUUAUUGAUGUCAAAUAAUUUACGUUAACUUAAGUUAAAUAAUUUACCUAAAUAUAUUAUCUUAAUUAGAGAAUUAGAAUAACUUGAAUUAUUAUAAGAUUUUAAAGACACGCGAUAUUGAAAACUCCAGAUUAUGUAUGGUAAAUUUUUCAAAUUAAACGAGAUAUGUGAUAGUUUAAUAAAAAAUAAAUAUUGAGAGUAAUGUUAAUAUCUUCCCUCAUUCUAAAAAGAUUAUAAUUUAUGCAUGUAAAAGUCAAGAGAAUAUGUAUAUGCGAAUUGAUAGAGGAGCGUAUAUUGCACUGACUACAUGUGCCCGAACUUGAAGAUGUAGUUUAUUACUCUCUUUCUCUCUCUUUCCCCCUCCCCCGCUCCUACCCGUCUUUUUUGUUCUCUCUCUCCCUUCCAUCCUUUCUCUUCCUCUCUUUCUUUCUCCCCUUCCUUUAUUUCUCUUUCUUUCUUUUUCUACGACCAAUGAUGAAAAGCGAAAAAAAGAAAGCAUUGACGAAUAAAAACUGGGAACCGAUUUAUAUUGUCAAUUGUAAGCGAUUAUAAAUAUUCACGUUCUUCGUUAUUAUUCAUUAUGUAUAUUAUAAUUAUAAUUGUAUAAUUCCAUAUAAUACAUUUUUUAUAUAAGUUAAACGUGUUUUUUUUUUUUUGUAAUUUUGCCAAGUUCCGAGAUAAGUGACAAAGCUAGGAGAGAAUGUUAAAUAAACU